UAUUUCCCACUGUGAUGAACAAGGUUCCAUUUGGCCACUAGCAUUUUGGUGUUCUAAUAAAUCAAUCAGACUGGUUUUUUUUCUUCUUCCAGAAUCACAAAGAAGAUGUAUAUAUAGAUCUACAUCUUCUAUAUACAAUUUCCAUUGGUUUUUUUUUGUUAAUUAUUACUUGCUUGGAACAACUGGGUUUGGUGAUUUUUCUGGCGACUAAACUAAAAAAAGCAGAAACUUAUUGCAACAGGUGGCUGAAUUCGGGUGGCAAAAGCUUAGGGGCAGAAGGAUAAAUGCUUUUAGCAAAUUAAGUCAUUACAGGUGUGUUUACUGGGGAGCUGAUUUAGAAAGCCUCAAAAGCUAUCAUAGUUUAGCAGAAAGGCAGGAUAAACUGAACUUUUGUGUAUGUGUGUCCCAGUUUAUCCACAGAAGUGGCUUUUCUGAGAACUAACUGAUGUUUAGGCAGGACACCAAAUUCCUUAAUAAUACUAUCAGGCAGCCUUAAGCCUAGUGUGAGCUUAUAGGUAAAUUAGUUUGUCCUAGAAUUUUUCAGUCUAAUGAUAUUAACUCUGCUUUAACAUAUGCAAGUUAAACCACUAGAAACAAAAGACAUGUUGGUAAAUAUACAGUUUAACAGCAAUAAAAAAUAGUCACUUAAGUUUUGUCCUGAUUUGAAAUUUGAUAGUCUAUAUUGCAAAAAGAUAUUACUUGGAAAAACAGGUUUGUGGCCUUCUGGUGAGAAUCCUACUGAUCUCUUUUCCCUUGUAAGAGAGUCAGCUAAUACUGGUGAUACUUUUGUGUCCUUUCGUGUGCAGGAGAAAAAUUGCACUUUUUUAAAAUAUUGAGUUUCACUAGGUGGCAGCAUCUCAAUGUUUCAACAGGAAAUUACGUUUGUGUAGAGAAACUUAGCAGUUGGACUACAAAUCCCAACAAGCACAGGGAAAAAAAAAACUGUAGAGCUUCCUUUUGUACAAGGGUCGGUAAAUACAACAAAGCUGCUUGAGAUCUCUUGGUCAGCACCAUGGGGCGGCUGGACGGGAAGAUCAUCCUGGUGUCUGCGGCAGCACAGGGCAUUGGCCGAGCAGCUGCCAUUGCUUUUGCUAAAGAAGGAGCCAAAGUCAUUGCUACAGACAUCAAUGAGUCUAAACUGCAAGAACUGGGGAAAUAUCCAGGCAUUCAAAUACAGGUUCUGGAUGUCACCAAAAAGGAGCAGAUUGAAAAUCUGGCCAAGGAGAUUGAAAAGAUUGACGUCCUGUGUAACGUUGCAGGGUUUGUUCAUCAUGGAACCAUUCUGGAGUGCGAGGAGCAAGACUGGGACUUCACGAUGAACCUCAAUGUUCGCAGCAUGUACCUAAUGAUCAAGACAUUCCUUCCAAAGAUGCUUAAACAGAAAUCUGGAAAUAUUAUAAAUAUGUCUUCUGUGGCAUCCAGCAUCAAAGGAGUUGUGAACAGGUGUGUCUACAGUACUUCAAAGGCAGCAGUUAUUGGGCUAACAAAGGCUGUGGCUGCUGAUUUCAUUGAACAAGGCAUCAGAUGCAACUGCAUAUGUCCUGGAACUGUUGACACACCAUCUUUACAGGAAAGAAUCCAAGCCCGGCCUAACCCAGAACAGGCACUGAAGGACUUUCUGGCCAGACAGAAGACUGGCAGGAUGGCUACUGCAGAAGAAGUGGCCCAUCUCUUUGUGUACUUGGCCUCUGAUGAAUCUGCCUAUGUGACUGGUAAUGAACUAAUCAUCGAUGGAGGAUGGAGCUUGUGAUUGACUCUACCUGCAAAUGGAAAUUCAUACUAUGAUGGGCAAAAAAUUAGGAUGGUGUUUCUUGCAAAGAUUGAGAUCAUGCAUGUGAUGGCUUUCCAAACAAACUUGCUGCUCUCUCUAGAUUGAUCUUACUGAUUAACUUUUCCUUAAAUAGAGAAACACUGGAGUAAAACAUACUUCAUGUGGCUUCAAUUUAUGGCAACUCCAAAAACAUGAAAGAACAGCAGUUUAAUGUUUAAGAUUUCAAGAGGCCAAAAUUAUUAUUCAUGUUACAAAAUCUGAGUUGUGUUUUAAGCAAAAUUUGAGUGAAAGCAAUUAGUUAUUAUCUUUAUUCUCAUUUUACCAGGUAUUUGGAAAUUAAAUACUCACAAUUAGAUUUUCAUGUACAGGAACAACUAUACAAGGGCAAUACUCUAGCAGGUAUGGAUGGGAGUAUAUGUGAGAGGAGUAUUCUUAAACAGAUGGGUGGAUCUUCAUGAAUAUGCUUUGCAGCACAAAAGCAAAAGGAAUGGAUUGGCUCUAGAUAGAGCCAAUAUGUUUGUCCCCAAAAUGAUGUACUAAUAUUGGACAAAUUCUGUAAAAUGUGUUGCUAGGUGCUGCACUUUGGUGCUCUAUGCCUUUGUCUCAAGUACCAAUACAGCUCACACUACAGCACAAGGAAAAUUUCUCUGAAAAGUACUGCUUCUGCAAGAAUCAAGAAUAUGGGAUGAUGUUUUUUAUUGUGAUAGCACGUGGUUGCUUUGAUUCAUGAAAUAGAAACCUAUUAUUGUCAAGUUUCAUACUCUGGGAAAAAACAUAGGUCCUGACCAGGGAUCUAGGGCAAUGAAUAACCUGAAUUCACAAAGCAUUUGUUUUGCUAACAUACUGCUUAAAACCAACAUGAAUUACAUGGUCUGACUGCCUGUAAAUAUGGUUACCUUUAACAUAGUUCCAUUUAUCUAAUUCAUAAAUGAAACUCUAUGUAAUUUAAUACAUAACUUCAUAUACAUUACAUACAUGUAUAUGUGAGGGAGGAAUUAAGGACUAAAUGCUACCAAAUAUGAUUUAUCAGUAAUCAAAGCACAGGAAAAAUGUACAAUAUUGUGUGUGUUUCUAUAAGAAUAACUGCCAUGUUUAUAAAGUAAUUGCCUUUCUAUAUCACCUAAAGCAUUAAUAUAAAUUGGUUGAUUUCAAAGAUAAUGAAAUUAAUCUAGUUAAAGUCUGGCCUCUUAUUUUAAAAUAAUUGUAUGUAAUAAUUUUAAAAUAAUUGUAUGUAAAUCUAAAUUUUAUAAGUUUUGUGGCUGUUGACUUCAUUGGGCUCAUUAUGGGCUUAACGUUUACCUUUAAUCAUGGUUGGAGCAUUCUGACCUUGUGUAGUUUGUUUAUGGGGUUUUAGAGAAUCUGAUAUUUCAAUCAAGUGACCCUGGCAGCCAAGCAGGAUCACGCUGGGGCACAAAUCCAAAGUUAUCCAAAAUUGCUCCAAAAAUGUUCACUGAUAUAAAUUCAAAUAUUAAAAAUUGAGGCUGGCAGAACAUUAUUUCAAUGGUUUCAGAGUUUAAUAUGAUGGCCAAAGUCCUUAUUUUAUAGUAGAUGCAGAAGGCUUACCUUGAAAAGAGAAAUUUCCCCCGCUGCAGUAACACAGGGAAGGUGUACUGUGUACUCUGAAAAUAUAAUUAAGAAUCUGAGAGAAAAAUCAUUAUACUUAUUGCACAUUACCCAUCAUUACUUAACCUUUAACUCACUUAGUAGAGCUGCUGCUCAAAAACAGCUGCUGCUGUUGUCAAAGCACUUGUGCAAGAAAAUAAGUACCACCUGCCUUUAAACUGCACUAAAGGCACAAAGGGCUUUUUUUAAUGGUAGACCAAAAAUCUGGUGGACAAGAAAAGUAAAAAUCAGCAUUUUGCUGCCUCUUGCCUUAUUAGUAGUGCUUUUCAUGGAGGUGUUAGCAGCUGCAACUCUGAAAUGUGUUCCAAUGUCAUGAGGUUUUUCAGCAGACUUGCAAGAAUUAUUAAAGGAAAAUGCUUCUUAAUGCUCUCGUGA